CGGAUCAAGAAAUGAUGAUCAAAACAGAUAUUAUCAAGCAUGAAAGAAAUUGACAAAUGGCGGAAUUUCUAGAAAAGAAAGAACAUAUUUCACCCUCGUCGACCCGUUAUCCGCCUCUUCUCGGCUUUUUAGCUGCUUGCUUCUACCACAACACCACUCCGGGCCUCACCAGUUCUCGUCAUGGAAACUUCAAUGGCUCUUUUUCCCUCUUCUCCUUCUCCCUCUCUCCCCCCUAAAAAAUUUGAACCCAAAGUCGAAACCAUCAAACGAAGGCUUCUAAAGAAAGGCUUGGAACCAACGCCCAAAAUCAUUCACACCCUCCGCAAGAAAGAAAUUCAAAAACACAACCGCAAGCUGAACAAAAUUCGCCGCACCCAGCAACCGCCGCCGCUCACUGAAUCCGAAAAACAAGCCCUCGCCGAGGAAUCCCACUUUCUGACAGUGAAGCGCGAGUACAGAGACUUCACCAAGGCGGUAGAGCCGAGAGGAAGUGGGGUUCUUUUGGAGGGGAGGCCCUGGGAAAAGAUGGGUAAAGUUAAGCUAAGGGAGAUUUCUGGCCGCUGUAAAGAUUUCGACAGAGGGAAGCCGAAAAGGGAGAAUCUGAGGGAACUGAAGGAGAUAUUUGAGGGCAAUUUGAAGUGGGUGUUGGAUGAUGAUAUCGAUUUUGAAGACGAUGACUUUUCCAGGACUGAAAAUGAAACUAAUUUGGAACCCUCCAGGCGAAAGUGCAGUGAAGGGGAAACAAUCCAGUUUCUUGUUAACAAGUUGUGUCUUAAAGAGGUGACGACGGUGAAGGACUGGAAAUUAGCGAGGAUGAUGAAGCAGUCAGGAUUGCAAUUUACAGAAAGGCAGUUGUUGAAGAUUGUGGAUACAUUAGGAGCGAGAGGACAAUGGAAACAAGCUUUAGCAGUUGUUGAGUGGGUAUAUAAUGAUAAGGAUAGGAAAGAAUUCAUGAGCAGGUAUAACCCCUGGUGGUGAAUUCUGUUCGGCAUUGGAGUUCAGAGGUUAUUAUGAAGAGAAAAUCAUCGUCCUUUUUGUAGGUUUGUCUACACAAAAGUCUUGUCAGUACUUGGCAAGGCAAGGAGACCACAUGAAGCUCUUCACAUUUUCAACCUGAUGCGUGAAGAUUGCAACACAUACCCGGAUAUGGCUGCAUAUCACAGUAUUGCUGUUACACUUGGUCAAGCUGGUCUUCUGAAGGAAUUGAUGAAAGUUAUGGAAGUCAUGAGAGAGAAGCCUCCUAAAAGAGUUAGUAUUAUGCGGAAGAAGGAUUGGGACCUAUGCCUUGAACCUGAUUUGGUUAUAUAUAAUGCUGUGUUGAAUGCUUGUAUUCCAUCACAGCAGUGGAAGGGCGCCUCAUGGGUAUUUGAGCAGUUGAGAAAGGGUGGUCUAAAACCUAAUGGAGCAACAUAUGGGUUAGCAAUGGAGGUAAUCUUAGGAUCAUGCUAUCUAUAACUUCCUUUCAGUUAGGUUUAGGUGGAGCUAACAACAAGUUGGAUGUAGGGUGUCUUGCUGUAAAAGUAGAAGGCUAUAUAGCAGUAAUUCAAUCCUGUAAACAUUUACCAUCGUGUAGAAAUAGUCACCACAGUAAACCUAGAGUUCCAAAUCUAUCUGUAAGCCUCUGUGAAUUUUCCGUAUAACUUAGAUGCCAAACCAUUUGAGCCUCCCUUAGCUAUGAAUUUUAGAUGGAGUAAUGGAAGUUGAUAUCACCACAAUCCCACCCUUGUACUCUGAGACUUACAGGAAAAUACUUGUUGAAAGGUAAUGCUACGGUGUGGGAAAUAUGACUUGGUCCAUGAGUUCUUUAACAAGAUGAACAGAAGUGGACAAGCUCCAAAAGCUCUUACAUACAAAGUUCUAGUUAGAGCUUUUUGGGAGGAAGGUAAAGUAAAUGAAGCAGUGGAAUCGGUAAGAGAUAUGGAAGACAGAGGUGUGGUUGGAGUAGCAAGCGUGUAUUAUGAGCUAGCAUGUUGCCUUUGUCAUCACGGGAGGUGGCGAGAUGCCAUGCAUGAGGUUGACAAGAUUAGAAGGGUUCCCCAAAGUAAACCUAUGGAGUACACUUUCACGGGGAUGAUCCUAGCUGCCAUGGAUGGAGGACACAUCCAUGAUUGCAUAGCUAUUUUCGAGCAUAUGAAAUCUCAUUGUGUCCCUAACAUAGGGACCAUAAACACGAUGCUGAGAGUUUAUUGCCAAAAUGAUUUCUUCUCUGCGGCGAAGAGCUUGUAUGAAGAAAUUAAGAUCACCUAUGGUACUCAUUGCACACCAGAUGGAUACACUUACAGUGCUAUGCUUGAAGCAUCUGCCAACGCACUCGAGUGGGAAUACUUUGAGCAUGUGUACAGAGAGAUGGUAUUUUCUGGAUAUCAGUUAGAUCAAACAAAACACGAAUUGCUACUUGUGAAAGCUUCUAGAGCUGGGAAGGUGGGGGUUUCUUCUCAUGGACAUCUUUUGGAGCAUGCAUUCGACACGAUUUUGGAAGCAGGAGAAAUCCCUUCUCCACUUUACUUCAUUGAACUGGUAUGCCAAGCUGCAAGAGAUCAGAACUAUGAGAAAGCUGUUACACUUGCGAAUGCUGCCGCGUAUGCACCAUUCCAGAUCAGUGAAACCCAGUGGAAAGAUAUACUCAAGUCUUAUGGACGUAAGAUCAGUACGGACAGUUUACACAAGCUUUUAGCUGCAAUUAGUAAUUGCCAUCUUCCAUCAGAAGCCACCGUCUCAAACUUAUCAAAAGCAUUACGAGCUCUCUGUGGAAAUGAAACGUUUGGUUAUAUGGAUCCUAGUAGGCAGAAAGAGCUUUUGUAAGUACUAGUUUAGGGCACAAACACAUCUUAGAUUGUGGAACAAAAGAAACAACGUGGGAAUUGGCAUCCUCAUGAUUUCAGACCUAGUUGUGACCAGAAAUCAUGAUUUCUUCCUAAUGUAUGUAAUAUUAAUGUAAGAAAGAAAUGAUCAACUUUGGCUCUUUCAACUGAUCAACUCUGUCCCGUGCUCUUGGAAAGCACUAAACUCUUGGUGUCAAAAAAAUCUAUAUUAUUCAGAAUCCUUGAGUCACAGAUUUCUGUUCUCUAAAGGAUCACUAUAUCGUUGCAGAUUCAAUGUUGUUGCACCUUUGACAUAUACAACAUUUACAGUACAAGUCAACAUGGCUGGCAGUCGAGAUUUUGCUGCAAAAAUUACGAGGUUUACUUUUUGUGCUAAAACACCUAAAGCACCCAUCCAAGUCAUACUUCCAGUCAUCUGGAGUGACGUGCACAGAGUUUAAAUGCUUUCAAAGCUGCUUUUGCAAAAACUUGGCGAGCCUCUGCUUCAGCCUCUGCUCUAUCUGCCUCCCUAGUAGCCUUUUCGGCCUCAGCAAUAGCAGCCUCGGCUUCUGCAACUGCCUUAGCUGCAGCAUCCGCAGCCUCUUGGGCAGUCAUACCUUGUAUUCUCAAUAGGCCUU